CCUUGUCGCACGCCAGUCUGCUUCUGACAUUCGCGCGCCGCGCUCGAUCGCCGCUUUUAACGUCUGUGAUACUCCGUUGCUGUUGGCCAAAAAGGGCCAAAGUGCCGACAAGCGAAGCAAAGCGGCUUAGGUUCAAAAAUAAAUAUAUAUAGCUAUAUAUUUCUUCGAUUUUCGUGGAGCGAACUUGAGCUGGGAUUUUGGCAAACGCAAUGAAAACGAUAAACCACACAAUCGGCUUCCUACUGCUGGCAGCAUACCUUCCUUGCAUGUCCUGGGCAGCUCCUGCCCUGCACUUCAGUGAACCGGAGCCCGAUGAACUGGAGGCCUAUCCCACGUCGCCCAGCCAGGUGCUGCCCAUACAACCCGUGUUGAUUUACCCCAAGCCACGUGAGAAUCUCUACCAGGCGCGAACUUUAGCAGGACGAAAUGACGACCAGGACAUCAUCUUCGUGAAGCUGCUGCAGGAUAAAUCGCAUGGCUAUCGGCCCAAGCAGCAACGUCUCGUCAUGGAGGAGACGAAGUCCUCGCAGCGCAAGAAUCUCGGCCUAAAGGACAUAUUCUAUGUGAAGGCGCUCACCAAUGGACGAUUUAGCCAUGAGCGACUGAAGGUUUACCGGGUGCCCGAGUUCUACGCCAUCAGUGUUUUUAGCAACGGUGAUAAAUGAGCAGAGACACCGGUUUGUUGGCGAUAAAAAAGGAGUAAAAUAAGUUAUUUUUAAGAUGCUAUAAAUAAAUACCUCAGGAG